AAUUACACUGUAAAAUUAAAAAAUCUGUGGUGAAAAAUUCUCAGUGGAUUUGGAUAUUCUCUUUUUUUAUGAAACAUGGCAUUAUCAGUACCGGAAUUUCUGAUAUUAUGCGGAAGUCUCUUCCUAAUUGGAUUUCUUAUUCUCGAAGUGAUUAAUUGGGGUAAAAUCAUAUCUUCCCUCGGAAGCAAUCACGAGUUGGAGGUAGCAGUUGUUGAAAACUCCGACUGUGAGGAUGAACGUGAAAGUUUAUCUCGGAAACACAGCGAGAAUUUCGAAUCUCCGGUGAAUAUCAUACCUCGACAGGCUGUGGUCAUUGAAGUUUCUGAGCCGCUCAAGUGGUGCGGACACUCGGUACCACCAAUUGCCAUGACAAUGUCCAACAGUGGAGAUACAGUGACGAUCCAAGCAUUUUGGACUCGUGGCCUAGUUCCAAGUAUUUUCGGAGGCCCUUUGAAGCGGACUUAUCAACUCCACUCGAUCUCCUUCCGUUGGGGUGUGUCUGAUCAAUCCGGUAGUGAACAUUGUAUCGAUCAAGUGAAAUAUCCCUUUGAAAUGCAACUCCUGCACGUAAAAGAAACUAAUCCGCAGGCAAUUGUCGACGAGAAUUCCGAGGAUAUUGAUGCAACAAUUGUAUCAUAUCUCUUUCAAAUCAAAGACAACGAUAAUCCCCUACUCGACCCCAUUAUAAUGAAUCUCUGUAGAAUUCAAGAGGCAAAUGCAAAGGUUUACAUACCCCCAUUUCAGUUGGACACUGUAUUUCCAUUAUUCGAGAGAAAAUUCUACAGCUACAGCGAUAAGUUGAAUCAACCAUUCGGAGAAAUUGCCACAUGGAUAAUUUAUCCGGAGCCACUGCCUCUCUCAGCAGCUCAAAUGGAGGAAUUGAGAAAAAUUUCCACAGCGACUUCCAGACCAAUGAAGAGCUUUGACGAGCAAGACCUCUACUACCACGAAUAAUUUUCCAAUUAAUAGACUCAUGUUAUUACAUCUUUAUACGAUGAACAAUUUAUUUCUUAUCCUUACACACGUGUUUCUAAUCUUACAUCAAGAUCUCCCUCACAGAGACCUCAUCAACACUUAAUGAAACUCUAAAUCCACUGUACACACAGAAUAUUUAUCAAUAUUCACCUAUAUUACAGUAAAUCAAAUGCAUUAAAAAAAUUCAGCAUAACAAAUGCUUUAAAAAAUAUAUGCGCCAAUCAAUUUAUUCAUUUGUCGUUUGAAGUAGAAUUUUAUUAAAAAUAUUUGUGUUUAUUUUCUGCUCUUUCUCAUUUUUUUAAUAGUUUGAGACUUUCAUUAUUAGCGGAUCGUUUCAUCUUCCGGCUUUUGUUAUUGUAAUUUCACGUCGAGUGGUGGAAUGUGACGAGGCUCAUUCAUUCCUUGCGAUAGUAUAUUUUUUCAGUGUAGAAAAUGUCAAAAUAUCUCUGCAAAAUGGCGAUCGAGAGGAGUCCUAUGAGUUUUAACUCACGGAUUAGUGGAAAAUCAAAUAAAUAAAUUCGGUUCCCGCACAGAUCAUUUUUUUUAUAUUAAAAACAUCAUAAUUUGUGUAGAACAGAGAAUUCAAUCUCCAAAUAUAUGACGUGAAUUUUAAAAAGAAAAAUUAUUGGAAACUCUCGGCAAUUAAACCUCAUAGUCUUCUCUUAACGUGAAUCAAUUAAUUGCAGUGAUUGUUCAUGGAUUAUGACCUCUGAAUUAAUGCUCUCCUUAUAAUUAUCAUUAACUUCAAAUUUUCAAUCGUCAAAAAUGAUCAGAGAAAGUCCAACGCAUUUGAAUUAUUCAAACUCCUAAUAAUCAAUUUUAUGUACACGAAAUGGUCAAAUGUCGCAGGCAAUUUUACGAAGAAAAAAAAAAAUCGAACAGUUAUUCGUUCACAACACAAUCGACUCUACAUUAUCUCGUUGCACUCGCACGACAUUUCAGUGUUAUCGUCGAAGAAAUUGACGUUCAAGUGGCUCUUGUGGGAAUAUUCACCUGCUCCAGGAUUCUCCAUUAAUAUCUGUCUUGUUUAAAGUUCAUUAUCGGUUUUAUACAUUAUUUCCCGAAUUCUUGGUUCUUUCUUAUCCAUAAGGACCUCAUUUCAAUUCACAUUUUUGCCCAAAGUACGAAAUUUCCACUGGGAUAUCAUAUACAUCUGCCGGACGGCCAUCAGAGCAAGGUGUAUCACCAUUAUGUGAAUGAGAUGGGCU